AUGACGUCGACGUUGAUACGAAGUGACUCGAAAGCGAGAUCCGCAACUAUACUGACUAACAAUGAGAUUAAAGACGAAUUUGGUAACAUCGAGGAAACAAGAAAGGCGGUCGAACGCGCAGUUAAUCGUGCACGUAAUAUGAAAAAAACAAAUUCUACAGCCACGAAUUCAAUAGGAAACGAUCGACGAUUUGCUCAGGCAUUACAUUACGAAGCUGAUCAAUUAUAUCAAAAAGGAGAUUAUGAGACUGCAUUAGUGUUGUACCAUAGAGCCGCAAAAGUUUGCCCUCACGAUAGUAGUCACAGUACAGCGGCAAGACGAACGGCAACUAUGAUAAGCUCAUGGCAAAAUCCACCGAAACGUUUGAGAAAGUUCCUGUCAAAAACGAAACCUGAAUCAGAACUGACGAUCGCACUUUGCCCUGAAGUGGCUGCCAUUAAAGCUGCUAAUGUACUUAGAGAAUCUCCAGAUUUCUCGUCCGUGAACGAAGUCCUCAGUUACUUCGACGAGCACAAAAAUCUUUGGAAUAGAUCAUCAACGACAUCGAGUUUCUCAAAGUUACAUCUAACGCGAUCAAACGCUAUGCUAAAUCGAUUGAGGAACGUAGCUGAUACGACAUUGAAGAAAUUAGAAAUGGCAUUUCAUUCAGGCAACGUGAAAGCAUCUUUUCAAUACGCGAAAGAAUUAUUGGCGGUUUCCUCAGGAAUUGGAGAGCCUAAAAAAUACGAAGUUGAAGCUCAUCGUUACUUGGCCUUGACCCACGUAAUGCUUGGUAGACACGAUAGAGCUGUGAACAAUGUCGCUAAAAUGGUAUACCUAGCGAAAAUAAGUAACGAUUCGGUUUUAAUUUCGCAAUCGCUUUUAACCUUGGGCAAGGUACAUUUAAGUUUCGAUCAUUUGGAAGCCGCAGCUCGUGCCUGGGAACAUUUAUCGAAAAAUCUGAAGGAACCGAUUUUACGUGCUUGGAUUCAUCAUGAGAUUGGCCGAUGUUAUUUGGAAACUGGAAAAUUUGUGAAAGCUUUUAAUAUGGGCAACCAAACCUUGGAAAUCGCUGAAGAUAUCGGCUCGAAUAAAUGGAUCCUUCACGGUAAACUCCUUAAAGCUCAGACCUUGGUGAAACUUGGUAGAUUUGCUGAGGCCUUGGAGGAAUUGAGGAUUUGCGCUAGGAUCAGCGAGGAGGAAGGUGACACGCCGACGCUCUCUUACAUUCAAAAUCUUAUCACCGAUUUGACACGUCUCUUAAGAAGAAUUACCUUUGGUUCGGAGCUCGCGCUUAAUCAUGCCAGAACUACUCUUCUCACGUUGCCUACUACUUCAUUAGAAUUUCGGUUGAAAGGAUUUUCUCAGUGA